AUGCGUGCGUCAAUUUUCCUUGCGACUGCUCUGGCAGCUUCAGCCAGCGCAAUAUCUUCAUCCAACAUCACCAUCUACCGCAACGAAAGCUUCCUACCAGGAAACAAACUCCCGGAAUCUCACAGCACAACAGAUGGCAGGGACAUCGUAAACCUCUUAUCACUCAGAGGCUCAACAACAUGGACCCUAAUCUCCAAAAUCAAAAUGGAAGGCGACACCGGCGAACCCGAGGGCAUGGUGCGUGUAGGCGAUGAGCGCCUCUUUGUAACUUCCAACCAAUACACAUCCCCAACAGUGAAGUAUAACAAAACCAUCAACGGCACCGACCGUACCGCCGGCGCUGGGUUUUCGCAUAUGCUCAUUUAUGACCUUGACGGGAAACGGAUUGCGAAUGCAUCUUUGACCUCAGCCGGUGAUAUUGAGUAUCACGGCGGGGGGAUUGACUAUGAUGGUCGCUAUGUGUGGAUUGCGCUUGCUCAGUAUCGGCCUAAUAGCACCGCUACGAUUGCGCGGAUCGAUCCGUUGAAUCUAGAGGUUACGCGCUUGUUUCGCCAUGACGAUCAUAACGGCGGCAUUGUGCAUGAUACCAUCACCAAUGAACUCGUGACUCUAAACUGGAACGGUGCAAAUGCGACGACUUGGUCGCUUGAUAGGUAUCCCAAGGGCUUCACCGCGAUUCCGGGUUUCACACCCCCACGACGUGAAGUGCCCAAUCCCAGCUUUUAUGUCGGUUACCAAGACUGUAAAUAUCUCGGCCAUCACGCCAUGCCAAACCUCCUUCUCGCCCAGGCUGGUUGGUGGUCACGGUGUGACUUCAACCCCGUCCGGCCUGUGAUGCUCUGCGGCGGUGUAGGCACGUUUGGUCAACUGAGUCUGGGUGGAUUGGCGCUUGUUGACCUACAGACGAUGUUGCCGCUGUGGAAAGUGCCGAUUACAUUGACGAGUGAUUUGGGGGUUUCGCUUACGGAGAAUCCGGUGGAUGUGCAGGUUGUGGACGGGAAGUUGAGGGUGUGGUUUAUGCCGGAUCAGCAUAAUAGUACGUUGUAUAUUUAUGAGGCGGCAUGA